AUGGCUGAGGAAAAUUAACAAGAGGGUAACAAAACAUCCAAGCCCCUAACAAUGGCAGGACUUCAAUCUCUUGCUAGAGCAUUAGAUUCCAAAUAGGCUAAGACCUCCUUUGGAAAGUUGCCUUUGUCAGUUGAAAGAUCUUAACCUAUUUUCGGUUUCUCUUAAGCUAAGAGAGAUCAAGAAAAACAAUUCUUGGGCAGUGACUUAACUAAGCUUGCCAAUGCUGGUAAAAUGUCUCCAGGCCCUAUAUAUCAGUACGAUGAUUAAGUCAAAUAUCAAAAGAAUCCAGGAUGGGGUUUCGGAACUUCGGAAAAAAUGAGUGCAAUCAAACCUAAAUUUGAUUUUUAUGAAAAUGCUGCCUUUUUGGACGAUCCACUUACAGCCGAUAUAGUUAGAAAACCAAAGGCUAUCGCUCAUAAAAUUGGAACUGAACCUAGAAUGCAAUUAAACACUCUAGAAUCAAGUCCAGGGCCAUAAUAUUUACCAAAGGAUAAGCCAGAGUUGAAGCACGAGCCUAAGUAUACUUUCGGUUUCAGAAGAGGAAAUGCUUUAAAGCAAGCUUAAUCCUCACCUAAUUCUGUAGGACCAGGAAGAUAUGUUCCAGAGGCCUCAGCUAAUCCAUCUACGAAAGAGAAUCCACCUAAGUGGACUUUACCCAAAGCUGGAAGAACUCAAGGUGAUAUGAAGAGUAUCUCAAAGAAUUAGACUUUCGAUAAUAGAUCGUCAAUUGGAAGACAACCAGUAUCUAACAAUAGAUCAUCACCUUCAUGCCACUUUGGUACUUCAGGCAGAGAAAAUACUACCAAAGCAGGACAUUUCAAAGAUCUCAUGCAGGGCUAAGCCUCUUCAAAAUUAUAUCAUCCUUAAUUUUGA